AUAGCGGCGCCUGCACUGGAAGAAGUGCCGGUUUGCAGAUACCCGAAGGACCGGGCAAAAACUACUUCCACCGAAAGUCCUCACCGCUGCGGACCCCCGGAAGCAACCUUUGACUGGGUGAGCCAAAUUUUCACCAGUUUUGACCAAAACCACUAGAACGCGGGGAAAAGUAGCUAGACCCAGCGAAGCCUACUUCACCGGCGCGCCGGCGGCGCUCUUCGCCGUCGAGUGGGCGUCCGGGGGUCCCUCCCCACCCCCCGGGCUACCCAAGCAUGGAGCCGACUGGACAGCCGACUGAUGUAAACACCAUGCCCGAACUCGAGGAUAUGGACGAGGUGCAGGGCGAAGCCCAUACCAAUAAUACCCCCGGUAAUGACGAGCCGCAAUCAGCGGAGGAGACAAACUUUCCGCCCUGGAUCAAGAUACUUAGCCGGAAACAACAAAGACUUCAAAACCAGGCCUACCGGAAGACUCUAGAAGAAUCUAGACGGAACGACGAGCAACCACCCCCUGGCAAGAUGCUAACGGGCGCGAAAACCCGCCAGACGUCGAAACCGCGGAAGCGACAGCUCCCACCGCUACCGAUUGAGGAUUACAAAGUGGUCGUCCGGCCCUUGGAUGGUCUGAACCUCGGAGCUUGGGGCCCCGAUCAAGUCUACCGAGCCAUCAAGUUGGCGGCGAAGCUCACUCCUCUCGAGACUGCGGAAAUCAAGACGAGGCUCCGUAAGGACCAGAACUUGGCCGUUGUGAGCACUCCAAGUGUCGACACGUUGGAGCGGCUUUGCAAUAUCUCCUCCAUCGCACUCGGAGAAAAGCAGUUCCGAGUAAAACCUUACGCCGCCAUGCCGGACGACUCCUGUAAGGGGGUCAUCUCGGGUCUCACAUCUCGGCCCUCGUCCGAGUGGCUCACUGAAGAACUCAAUGCACGGAACACCAACUACAUAGUCCUGAACGCUCGAAUGAUGGGUAGUACGACCUCAGCCAUCAUCACUUUUCACGGACUCAGGGUUCCCCGCCUAGUGUAUAUCGAUGGCGGCGAAUUUGAGUGCAGGGUCUACAGACCCAAAAAACAAGUCUGCACUAAGUGCCUAGGACUAGGACACCGAGAGGACGUGUGCCCUCAGCCUGAAAAGCAACGAUGCUCAAAGUGUGGAACUGAAGGCAGUGCCAUGGACUCCCACGAAUGCGAAGCGAAGUGCGUGAAUUGUUGCGGGGCUCACCCGGCUACGGACCCUCGAUGCCCCGCAAGGCAGCGAGCACCGUACAACAAGUCACGCGUUCAGAAGUACCUGCAGCAACAACAACAUGGCCGCCAUCAGCAGGGAAGUCAACGGCCCCAGCACGUGGCUUCACCGCUUCAACCCGGGCAAGCGACCCAGGCUGUACCCCCCGAGGAGCAGUGGCCACGACUACCAACGAGGGGAUGGGCGAACCAAAACCCGUACGCUCUGCUGGCCUCUGAAGCACUCGACAGCAGCCCAACGUCGACGGGCCCUCAAGGUUCAGACACCCGCUCCGGAUCCAAGCGGGCCCGGAGCAGAUCCAAGGCGAGAUCUCGCUCCCGCAGCCGAGCCCGAUCCCGGUCGAGACGGAGGAUGCAGCAACAACGGUCGGCGCAGGAAGCUGAAACCCGAAAAUCAAGGAGCCCCGGUCCAGAGGCCCCGAAGAUACCGGGGCACCUGCCCCGGCUGCCAAUCCCCCGAACCUUCCCUUUUCCACUCUACCUGGGCCUGCCCCUCUCCACCGGGGCAAGGCAUCCUUCCCAUCCCUGACCCAUCCUUUACCUCCUGGGAGGCUGCGCUGUCUAGCGCAAAGCCCGAGGACCAGCGAAUGCUGAUCUCUCGGGCUAAGCGGAUAGCAGAGGCCAACGGGGCCCUGGACUAGGGGCUCCCGACCAGAGAGAAAACACUCCUGCCUUUUCCCUGAAUAAAGUUUUUCCUCCUCCUCCUC